UAUCUUUCGUGUAGACUGUCAUAACAUUUCCCCUUUUUCCUCCCUUUUUCCCCAUUUUCAUUUCAAAUUUCUAUUUCAAAACCCUUCAUGUCUGAUUUUAGGUCAAGUCUUAAUUAUUAAUUUAAGCUUUACAGUAUUUAGAAAUGUCCGCAGUAGAAGAUUCAUGGGAGAGAUUAGUCCGGGCAGUAUUACGGAGCGAAAGAACUCGAUUAGAUGCGCUUGGUCGCCCCGUCGCCGGCGGCGGCGGCAUUAUGGGGUAUGUACCGUCUUCUCUCGCGAAUAAUCGAGACAUUGAUGCUAUUCUUAGAGCAGCUGAUGAAAUUCAAGACGAAGAUCCUAACAUCUCUAGAAUCCUAUGUGAGCAUGCUUAUUCACUUGCGCAAAAUCUGGAUCCAAAUAGUGAAGGAAGAGGAGUUCUACAAUUCAAGACUGGUUUGAUGUCUGUCAUUAAGCAAAAGCUUGCCAAGAGGGAUGGUGGGACCAUAGAUAGAAGCCAAGAUAUUGCUCGCUUGCAAGAGUUUUACAAGACCUAUAGAGAGAAAAACGAUGUAGAUAAACUACGAGAAGAAGCGAUGAAGCUGAGAGAGUCCGGAACUUUCACUGGAAAUCUUGGCGAGUUGGAGAGGACCACAGUGAAGAGGAAAAGAGUUUUUGCAACUCUUAAAGUCUUAGGAUCUGUACUCGAGCAGCUUACUAAGGAAAUUCCCGAAGAGCUAAAGAGGGUGAUUGAAUCAGAUGCAGCAAUGACUGAAGACCUAAUUGCUUAUAACAUUAUUCCGUUGGAUGCUCCUACCAUUACAAAUGCUAUUGUGGCUUUCCCUGAAGUCCAAGCAGCAGUGUCAGCUUUACAGUAUUUCUCAGGCCUGCCGAAGUUGCCUGCUGAUUUUUCUUUUCCUGCUACUAGGAAUGCUGAUAUACUUGAUUUUUUACAUUGUGUGUUUGGUUUUCAGAAAGACAAUGUUUCUAAUCAGCGGGAACAUGUAGUUCACCUCCUUGCAAAUGAACAAUCGCGCCUUCGGACACCUGAUGUAACUGAACCAAAAUUAGAUGAAGCUGCUGUGCAGAGGGUAUUUGAAAAGUCAUUGGAAAAUUACAUUAAAUGGUGUAGCUAUUUGAACAUUCAGCCUGUGUGGAGCAAUUUGGAGUCUGUGAGCAAGGAAAAGAAGUUACUCUUUCUAUCUCUAUACUUCCUAAUAUGGGGGGAAGCUGCUAACAUAAGAUUCCUUCCAGAAUGCUUGUGCUAUAUUUUCCAUCAUAUGGUAAGGGAGAUGGAUGAGAUUUUGAGGCAGCAAUUUGCACAGCCUGCAAAUAGUUGCAAUUCUGAGAAUGGUGUGUCGUUCCUGAAUGAAGUUAUUACUCCUCUUUAUGAGGUUGUUGCAGCGGAAGCAGGAAACAAUGAGAAUGGACGAGCACCUCAUUCUGCUUGGAGAAACUAUGAUGAUUUUAAUGAGUACUUCUGGUCACUUCAUUGCUUUGAACUCAGUUGGCCAUGGCGCAAGGGCUCAUCGUUUUUCCAAAAGCCAAAACCAAGGACAAAGUAUUUGCUUAAAACUGCUGGAAGUCAACGCCGAGGGAAAACUUCAUUUGUCGAGCACCGGACAUUUCUUCAUCUUUAUCACAGUUUCCACCGUCUAUGGAUAUUUCUUGUUAUGAUGUUUCAGGGUCUUGCCAUCUUUGCUUUCAAUAAUGAGCGCUUCAAUUCGAAAACCUUGAGGGAAGUUCUGAGUCUAGGUCCAACAUUUGUGGUGAUGAAGUAUUUUGAGAGUGUGCUAGAUGUUCUUAUGAUGUAUGGUGCUUAUUCUACGUCACGACGUGUAGCAGUUUCUCGAAUAUUUCUGCGUUUUGCUUGGUUUAGUAGUGCUUCAGUGUUCAUAUGCUUUCUAUACGUGAAAGCCCUCCAGGAACAAAGUAAACAAAAUUCAAGUUCUGUCAUUUUAAGACUGUAUGUGAUAAUUAUAGGCAUCUAUGCUGGCGUGCAAUUUUUUAUUAGUAUCCUCAUGCGAAUACCGGCUUGCCACACACUAACAAAUCAGUGUGAUCAUUGGUCCAUAAUCCGCUUUUUAAAGUGGAUGCGUCAGGAACGUUACUAUGUUGGGCGUGGCAUGUACGAAAGGACCAGUGACUUUCUCAAGUAUAUGUUCUUUUGGCUUGUUGUUUUGAGUGCAAAGUUCUCUUUUGCCUACUUUCUUUUGAUCAAGCCAUUAGUGGAACCAACAAGAAUUAUAGUGGCUAUGACAGAUAAUCUGCAAUAUUCAUGGCACGAUCUUGUAUCCAAAAAUAAUCACAAUGCCUUGACUGUUGCGACUUUGUGGGCUCCAGUUAUUGCUAUUUAUCUUUUGGAUAUUCAUAUAUUCUACACUGUCAUAUCUGCUAUGUGGGGAUUCUUGCUUGGAGCGAGAGACCGCCUUGGGGAAAUUAGAUCGUUGGAAGCUGUUCACCAACUGUUUGAGGAGUUUCCUGAGGCCUUUAUGAAAACUCUUCAUGCUCCACUAAGUAACAGGGCAUCUGAAAGUACUUCUAGUCAGGUUUUGGAGAAGAGAAAGAUUGAUGCUUCCAGAUUCUCUCCUUUCUGGAAUGAGAUCAUAAAAAAUUUGAGGGGAGAAGAUUACAUUACGAAUCUGGAAAUGGAGUUGCUUCUGAUGCCCAAAAAUUCUGGAAAUCUUCCUUUAGUGCAGUGGCCCCUUUUUCUUCUUGCCAGCAAGAUAUUUUUAGCAAAGGACACUGCUGCUGAGAGCAGAGAUUCACAAGAUGAGCUUUGGGAAAGGAUUUGUAGAGAUGACCAUAUGAAGUAUGCAGUUGAAGAAUGUUAUCAUGCUCUUAGAUUUAUUCUCACAGAAAUACUGGAAGGUGAAGGCAAGAUGUGGGUUGAGAGAGUAUAUGGAGACAUUCAAUCAAGUAUUCAGAAGAGGAGUUUCCAUACCGACUUUCAGCUAAAUAAGCUGACACUGGUUAUUACGCGUGUAACGGCACUAAUGGGGAUUCUGAAAGAGCCUGAAACACCGGAGCUGAAAAAAGGUGCAAUUAAAGCUAUUCAAGAUCUCUAUGAUGUUGUGCGAUAUGAUAUUCUAUCUGUCAUUAUGAGGGAGCACUAUGAUACAUGGAAUUUACUAUCAGAAGCAAGGUCAGAGGGCCGCUUGUUUACAGAUUUGAAGUGGCCUAGAAGUGCUGAGUUGAAAACCCAAAUAAAAAGAUUGCAUGCACUUCUAACCAUCAAAGAAUCUGCUUCAAAUACUCCCAAAAAUAUUGAAGCCAGACGUAGACUAGAGUUCUUCACAAAUUCACUCUUCAUGGAUAUGCCGGAGGCAAGGCCAGUCCGUGAAAUGCCAUCAUUCAGUGUAUUUACUCCGUAUUAUUCUGAGGUUGUUCUCUAUAGCAUGGCUGAACUUCAAAAGAAGAAUGAAGAUGGAAUAUCAAUUUUGUUUUACCUCCAAAAGAUAUUUCCAGAUGAGUGGAAGAACUUUCUUUCCCGUAUUGGUCGUGAUGAAAAUGCUGUGGAUAUGGAACUCUUUGAUAGUCCUAGUGAUAUCCUUGAACUUAGGUUUUGGGCCUCUUACAGGGGUCAAACAUUAGCCAGAACAGUUCGUGGGAUGAUGUACUAUAGAAAAGCUCUUAUGCUUCAGAGCUAUUUGGAAAGAGCAGCAGAUGGAGAUGUGGAAGCUGCUAUUUUGGGUGAUGAUGCAUCUGAAACUGGAGGUUUUGAAUUGUCUCCCGAGGCACGAGCUCAGGCUGAUCUGAAGUUUACAUAUGUUGUUACAUGCCAAAUUUAUGGAAAACAGAAAGAGGACCAAAAGCCUGAGGCAGCUGAUAUUGCAUUGCUCAUGCAAAGAAAUGAAGCUCUCCGUGUUGCUUUCAUUGAUGACGUUGAAACUUUGAAGGAUGGAAAAAUACAGAGAGAAUUUUAUUCAAAGCUUGUAAAGGCUGAUAUCAAUGGGAAAGACAAGGAAAUAUACUCCAUAAAGUUGCCUGGAAAUCCUAAACUUGGAGAAGGAAAACCUGAGAAUCAAAACCAUGCAAUUGUAUUUACUCGUGGUAAUGCAGUUCAGACUAUUGAUAUGAAUCAGGAUAAUUAUUUUGAGGAAGCAUUGAAGAUGAGGAAUCUUCUUGAAGAAUUCCAUCAUGAUCAUGGUAUUCAUCCCCCAACAAUUCUUGGUGUUAGAGAACAUGUUUUUACAGGAAGUGUUUCUUCUUUGGCCUCCUUUAUGUCAAAUCAGGAAACCAGCUUUGUGACUCUUGGUCAGCGUGUUCUGGCUAAUCCGUUGAAAGUCCGUAUGCAUUAUGGUCAUCCAGAUGUCUUUGAUAGAAUCUUCCAUAUAACACGGGGUGGCAUUAGCAAGGCUUCUCGAGUUAUCAACAUUAGUGAAGAUAUUUUUGCAGGAUUCAGUUCUACUUUGCGUCAAGGAAAUAUCACUCAUCAUGAGUACAUUCAGGUUGGGAAAGGGCGAGAUGUUGGUCUCAAUCAGAUUGCUGUGUUUGAAGGAAAAGUUGCAGGUGGCAAUGGGGAGCAAGUUCUCAGUCGGGACAUUUAUAGGCUCGGGCAGCUCUUUGAUUUCUUCCGAAUGUUGUCGUUUUAUUUCACUACUGUGGGAUUUUACUUUUGUACAAUGUUGACAGUUCUGACAGUAUACAUCUUCCUUUAUGGGAAGUUAUAUCUGGCACUUUCUGGAGUUGGCGAACAAAUUCAAAUGAGAUCUGAUAUAUUGCAGAAUGAUGCGCUAACUGCUGCCCUAAAUGCACAGUUUCUCUUUCAAAUUGGUAUUUUUACUGCAGUUCCAAUGAUUUUGGGCUUUAUUUUGGAGCAGGGAUUUCUGAGGGCAAUUGUCAGUUUCAUUACAAUGCAGCUCCAGCUUUGCUCUGUUUUCUUCACAUUUUCGUUGGGCACAAGAACACAUUAUUUUGGUCGGACGAUUCUUCACGGCGGAGCUAGGUAUCAAGCCACUGGAAGGGGAUUUGUUGUCCGCCAUAUUAAAUUUUCAGAGAACUAUAGGCUCUACUCCCGCAGUCAUUUUGUCAAAGGGCUAGAAGUUGCGCUUCUGCUGGUGGUUUAUCUUGCUUAUGGAUAUAAUGAAGGCGGUGCACUGGCUUAUAUUCUUCUUACAGUUAGCAGUUGGUUUAUGGCUCUGUCUUGGCUUUUUGCACCAUAUUUGUUCAAUCCAUCUGGAUUUGAGUGGCAGAAGACUGUUGAGGACUUCAGGGAUUGGACGAAUUGGCUGCUUUACAGAGGAGGAAUUGGGGUUAAGGGAGAAGAAAGCUGGGAAGCUUGGUGGGACGAAGAACUGUCGCAUAUUCGAACCUUUGGUGGGCGAAUAAUGGAGACCAUCUUGAGUUUACGCUUCUUUAUCUUUCAGUAUGGCAUUGUCUACAAGCUAGACAUACAGGGAAAUCAGACAUCACUGUCGGUGUAUGGCUUUUCCUGGGCUGUUUUAGCGGGGCUUAUACUUCUUUUCAAGGUGUUCACUUUCAGUCAGAAGAUAUCUGUCAACUUUCAACUUUUGUUGCGCUUCAUCCAAGGUGUUGCCUUCUUGUUGGCAUUGGCUGGCUUAGCUGUUGCAGUCGUGUUCACAGAUUUGUCAGUUCCAGACAUUUUUGCUUGCAUCUUGGCAUUUGUACCCACUGGAUGGGGAAUUUUAUCUAUUGCUGCUGCGUGGAAGCCUGUGAUGAAAAGACUUGGAUUAUGGAAAUCCGUUCGUUCAAUUGCUCGGUUGUAUGAUGCUGGGAUGGGGAUGCUGAUCUUUAUUCCCAUAGCUUUAUUUUCAUGGUUUCCAUUCGUAUCAACAUUCCAGACCAGGCUCAUGUUCAAUCAAGCAUUCAGCAGAGGGUUGGAAAUUUCUCUCAUUCUUGCUGGAAAUAAUGCCAACACUGGCAUAUGAUGGUGCUACUGCUUCGGUAUAAACUUUGGAUAUUGACCUUCUCACCUAUUAGUUAUAGGUGUCCAUUGAUUGUAUUUUUCGAGUUGAUGUAUAGAUAAACAAUUUUAAAGGCAAUUUUGAUGUGCUAGUGUAUUUGUGUAAAUAUGUUAUCUAUUUGCAUCACAUAACUGGUUGAUUUGACCAAACUCAAUUGUCAUUGUAAUAUUAAUGAUUAAAAGAAAAGCUGUAGAAUGCAUUUUUAGAA